AUGGAAUUCAUUUUACAUCUUCCCCAAGAAAUUAAUAAGGAUGGCACCUUAUGGCAGACAUGGGAUAGUUUCUAUAAAAAAUGUCUGUUGUAUCAGAGCACAGAAUUACAUAGAGAUUCAGUUGGAGAUUCGUCGUCAUUGUUACUUUUUGCAGGCAGCCAUCAUAUAAAUUCUAUAUGCUCAUCACUGAAAGUAUAUAAUUUAAAUCUGGAGAAGUUAACAAAGGUUUUACACAUUGUUGAGCAGGUUUGCCUUCCAUAUUUUAUUCUAUUGUUUGAAAGGUUCCGCUAUUUCAGCAUGAAGCAGGACCUGUCCAACAACUUGGAUGACAGUUCUGUUGUUUUGCAGAAACAGGCAGAAAUUUGUGAAUUCGUAAAUUUAAAAGAUGGCACAGGAACAAAUGUAGGUGGUAGUUCACCGAACUCUGAAUCUCAGGAUGAGAGUUUUAUAAAUGCUGAAAGGAGUUGUUAUAAUAAGGUAGAUUAUAAUAACGGCAGUGAGAAAUCACAUGGCAGCUGUAGGGAUGAUAAUCCUGUUAGGUUUGAAACUCUUACCAGUGAUGUAGGCCUUGAGAUGUUUGAUCAGUCAGGAAGCAGCAGUUCACAGGAUGCAGAUUUGUCUACAUCAGUGGAACUUAAUUCACAUUCUGUUAGUACAGAUUCUUCUCUUCUUCAUCCAGAAAAAAAUAACACCUCUUCAGCAGAUAAGAAACAUUUUGGCAGUAAGUUAACAGGAGUUCUAAACAAGUGGAAUGUGGGACGAAACAGAAAAUUGAAUAAAUCUUGGAAAAUUAAAGAUGUGUGCUUUCGAAAGAGAGAGAAAAGGUUGGCAGUCACAAGCCUUGAGAAGGGUGGUUGGAAUAGUGAAGCUGCUGCAGCUCCUACUAGUAAAAUGGGUGAAGAUAUCAACAAGAUGUCAGCACCACUGACUUCAACUAUUGUAGCCAGGGAAAAUCUUAAUUUGAAGCAGUUUCAAUGUUGCCAGUGUGACAGGGUUUUUGCUGGUCGGAAUUGCUUCAAGAAACAUCUUUCAACAAAGCAUAAAGGUUGCUCUGAAUUUGUGUGCAAAGUUUGCAAAGCAACAUAUGCAGAUGCAGAAAAGUACUUGGUGCAUUAUACAAAUGCACACACUGUAGAACAGAAGAUGCGCCGUGCACGCCGGAGACCUGUGAGAAUUAAGUUGGAGGAUGAUGUUAGAAACUUUGAGUGUACAAUUUGUAGGAAGGUGUUUCCUAAGAAAUGGCACGUGAAUAAACACUUACGUUAUAAUCAUAAACAGAGCUUUUUAUGCUGGCACUGUGGGGAGGAACUUCCCAAUAUGUUAGACUAUAAACAGCACAGUGAAAAACAUGUGAUUAAUGGAAAGUUUUUAUGUGAUUUGUGUCAGAAACCUUACAAUAACCUUUUCAGGCUGGAUGGACAUCUGAAGAACCAUUUGCAACCGCAGAAUAAAUGUGGCAUUUGUGGCCUUGUUUUCAUAAGGCAAGAAUCAUUAGCUAAGCAUGUAGAAAAGCAUACGGAAGAACCGGCUCAUAUGUGCAAGAUUUGUGGGAAAGAUUUUGUCAGGCAGGGUAGAUUGCAGUGUCAUCUGAGGACUCAUUCUGGGGAAAAGAGGUUCACCUGUGAGUUAUGUGGAAAAACUUACGCUCAGAAAGCCACUUUAGUACGUCACAGGCGUUGCCAUACAGGAGAACAGCCAUACGAGUGUGAAAUUUGUGGCAAGCGCACACGAUCUUUGGGAGAGUUGAGUAAACAUAAGAGAAAGCACAGUGAUAAGUUUUCUUGUGUGUGUGAGAUUUGCGGCAAAGGCUUCAAUUACAGUUCUUCCCUGUUGGAGCAUCGCUUAGGACACAUGGGAAAGAGGUCUUACGCUUGUGACAUGUGCGGCCGGACAUAUAUCUACAGAGAAGGGUUGAGGGCUCACCUCAAAUCAUCCCGCUGCCCAGGAAGAGCUGAAGCUGGCAUCAAGAGAACACCAAGAGCUACCAAACUUUCAUUGUCCGGAGUGCCAGAUACUAAGGUGGAUGAGCUCAAAGUGUUCAAGCAAGUACAUCAAAGCACUGAGACUGGAUUGAAAGAUGUUCCAGACUGGCAUUGUCUACUGAGAAAUAAUGAGCCCGAUGGGGGAACAAGUGUUGUCUUAGUGCCAUCGUUUUAUUGA